AUGGCUGUGGGCUCCGCGAAGAUGCCGCCGCCGUGUGAGGGCGCGGAGCCGGCCCGCAGCUGGAGCCCCGGCGGCGGAGCUCCCGAGCCGCCGCCGGUGCAGCUGCGGCAGAAGCUGCGGGAGCUGCCGGCGCUGCUGCGGAGCGGGCUGACGCUGCGGAGGAAGAGCGCGGCCGCCGCCGGGCAGCGGACACUGUCCAGAAGAAUUUCAAAUCCAUACCUGGAAACUCCUUCAAACAAGAUUUAUGGAGAAAGUUCCUCCUGCGCUGGGAGAGCUCUCAGGAAUAUUUUUACACUACAAGCUUCUGAUCUGAUUAAAGACAGGGUGUACCUUACUGGAAUUUGCAGGAGAAGCUGUGUUGGAUCAGAACUGGUAGACUGGCUGUUGGAGCACUGCCCUUUUGUUAAGUGCAGAUCUACUGCAGUUGGAGUGUGGCAGCUGCUUCUGGAUAUGGGCAUUAUAUUAUCAGUGGACCGAGAACUCUAUUUUCGAGACACUUAUAGUUUCUACCAGUUCUCAGCGGAUGAAUGUACCUACCUUUUCUGUGAAUUUGAGAAGGAAGGAGGUUGGAAGAACGCUGUAAAGCUCCUACUUCAACUACUGCCAUUGUCUCCUCCCAGGAUCGACAUGUGCAAUCUGCCUGAUCAAAAAAUAGAAGAUACAGCAGAAACCAAUGCUGAAAUUCUUGCUCGUCUCACUUCUGCGGUUCAGAGGGAGCUGGCUGCAGUCAUUGCCUUGAAAGCCAGGAAGUCAGCAAUUCAUCAAAAUGAAGAACACAGUGGUCAAGAUAUAAGAAGGCUGGAAGAGCUGAAGAGUGCCUCUGAUGCUCAGGCAGGGGUUUUGUGCAAGCUUCAGGAGAGAGAUGACAUUGGACGAAUUGAGCUGGUCCAGAAGCUGGCGAGAGAAAACUGUCAGUUUUUGCAGGCGGAUAGAAAACAACCAGAGAAGACUGAACAACAAGCGGACGAUGGAGGCGGCCGCGAGCGGCCGCGGGAGGAGGCCGGCCCCGCACUGGUGCUGCGGAAGGUGUGGUCACGCAGCCCGGCCCCCGAGCGGCGCGGGAGGUACGUGGUGGUGUCGGGGACGCCGGAGAAGAUUUUAGAGCAUCUCCUGAGCGACCUGCACCUGGAAGCCGCGCAGGACAAAGAGACGGAAACUCUCCUGGAUGACUUCCUUCUCACAUACACAGUCUUCAUGACAACAGAUGACUUGUGCCAGGCACUUCUGAGGCACUAUUGUGCAAAGAACCAUCAAGGGAAAGAAGAUGACUCUGAUGUAUCCUGCAGGAAACGAAAGGUCUUGCAUUUGGUGUCUCAGUGGACUUCUCUCUACAAAGACUGGUUACAUGAAGAUGAGCAUUUAAAACAGUUUUUAAAGACAAUAUACCGGAAUGUGUUAGAUGAUGUGUAUGAAUAUCCCGUUCUUGAGAAGGAGCUGAAAGAAUUUCAGAAAAUACUUGGGAUGCAUCGUCGUCACACUGUGGAUGAAUAUUCACCACACCGAAAGAACAAAACCUUUUUCCACCAGUUCAGUCUAAAGGAGAACUGGCUGCAGCACAGAGGAACCAUGAAUGAAGCAGAAGAAAUUUUCUGCCGUGUGUACAUCACGGAGCACUCCUACGUCAGCGUGAAAGCUCAAGUAACCACUUCAGCGCAGGAGAUACUGAAGAUUGUUGCAGAAAAGAUCCAGUACCCGGAGGAGGAAUUGGCACUGGUGAUCAUCACGUUCUCUGGUGAAAAACAUGAACUACAACCAAAUGACUUGGCCAUCUCAAAAUCUUAUGAGUCAUCCAGUCGUAUGUUUGUCUACCGAAGAGACCUGACUGAUUCUUUGAGCCCAUUUGCUGAAAAUGAAGAGUUGCAGCAACGGUCUGUGAGAAUUUUGGGAAUCAACACCUGGGAUCUUGCCUUAGAACUAACCAACUUUGAUUGGAGCCUCUUCAAUGCAAUUCAUGAGCAAGAGCUGAUAUACUUCACAUUCAGCAGACAGGGCAGUGCUGAAAACACUGAGAAUCUCAGUCUUCUACUUCAAAGAUGCAACGAAGUCCAGCUUUGGGUUGCCACCGAGAUUCUUCUCUGCACUCAGCUCUGCAAACGUGUACAGCUAGUCAAAAAGUUCAUCAAGAUUGCUGCCCACUGUAAAGCCCAAAGAAAUCUGAAUUCAUUUUUUGCCAUUGUUAUGGGUCUCAACACUGCGUCUGUCAGCCGGCUGUCUCAGACCUGGGAGAAAAUUCCUGGAAAGUUCAAGAAACUUUUCACAGAAUUGGAAAGCUUGACAGACCCUUCGCUGAAUCAUAAAGCUUACAGAGAUGCAUUCAAGAAAAUGAAAUCUCCGAAGAUUCCCUUCAUGCCCUUACUUCUGAAAGAUGUAACAUUCAUUCAUGAAGGAAAUAAAACAUUUCUGGAUAACCUUGUUAAUUUUGAAAAGCUGCACAUGAUUGCAGAUACUGUUCGAUCGUUGAGACAUUGCAGGAAUAACCAGUUUGGCAGUGAAGUUCCUUCGAAAGAACAUCAUGAACUGAAGCCAUACAUCCACCACCUGCACGUCAUCGACAACCAGCAAGCUCUCUUCGAGCUUUCUCACAGGAUAGAGCCGCGAGCGUGAGCGUACACAGCUUCGUAUACCUUGUAACUGCAGCACUUUGAAUUAAGUGAAUGUUUAUGCUAAGCAUGUUGCUUCCCUAUAUGAGAACAGUUUACUGAGUUUUAUCAGUAGCUCACACAACAUGCACAGGAAAAUCAGGCAGAGCAAGCAAAGGAGCUGCUCGCAGAGCUGCAGGGCAAGCUUGGUGCCAUCCCCACUUGUCACCAAACGGAGCAGCAUUCUUUGAGCUCAGGAGCUUGGUUUCUGUGAAAAUACUGUUUGGUCCAGUGUAGCUUUCAGUGCAGAUUCUGCCAGUAUUAGAAAGAAAGGAAGCGUCGUGUCACAGCAGCAAAACAUUUCCACAAGCAACAUACAGCAAGGGGAUUCUCAGUUCACCACAGUACGUACCUUGCUAAUUCAAGGUUGCCAAAAAUACUGUGCAAUCCAUGCAGCUCCCCUGAGUCCACCGGAGCAGCUUGUUUGAGAUAAGUACAGACAACCAGGAAUGGAAACACAAAAAGGCAGUGCACCAGGUGAAACUCAAGAGCCUGUCAUGAUCUGGAGGCCAGAACUAAAGAGUUGAUACUGUUCUGGCCCCUCAAGCAUCUGCGUUGUAGGAUACACUAUCAGAGCCAAUCCACUUCUGUUGCAGUUCCUGGACACAAUUGUUUGUACGCCAAAAAUACAUUAAUUUCUUCCUUUUCAGUUAUCUCAGAUUUAGUAUCAGCUCCUGCAAACAAUGUGUAAUAAACUGUCAUAGCAGGAGCUUUUUUUAUCAUCUUGGAUUACAGCCUCUUCUGUAUCUAUUCCAAGGCAAUGCCUAGGCUCACCACAUUCCUAAUGAAUCUUCUGGAAAUAUUCUAUUCCAGCAGGCAAAAUGUCACCUCACUUGCACACACUUCCAGUUUCUAAAGAGCAGCUGGGUACCCCUUACAGGAUACUGGGGAACCACCUGCAUACACAGCAGGCUCUCAGUAUUAGGGUCCUUUUCGAUUUCACAUAGCUAAAAGUAGUUCUGAGCACAUACCGAGAUGGCAUUUGUAAUGUCCUAUCUAUGACUGACCUAAGCCUAAGCACCACUAUCACCACAGCUCUGUUUUUCAGUAUGAAGAAGUUACCCCAAAAUAAUCUGGUGUAUGCCACAGGCAAUAGGCAGCGUGCUACUCUGGCACUGGUUUGUACACAGACUUGUAGUAACAGUCCCUUUGCAAAGCAGGGAGUUGGAUGCAUUGCACUGCUUUGCCUUUCACUAUUGCAUGUGUUCCACACAAGGAAGACUUCCAAGAAGAUGCUGCUUUACUGAAAUGUGGGUCUUCUGAAGUAGCACGCUCUUCAUCGUAGUUUUAUCUCUGGUUUAAAGGGAUUAAAGAACAGCUUUAACAGGUAGUCUGUGGGGGAAUCUGUAGAACGCAUUCAGUUUUCCCAUCUGUGAAAUAUUGUAUAGAUCUAUUGUAAAGGAAACAGAUGUUUCAGAAAUGUAUUUGCUUGUACUUUGUUAUUAUCAAAUCCUAUAUGAUUUUUUGUUUUUAGAAAAAAAAUCUUCUUUUUACCCAGUGAAAAGAACAAAAGAAAUAAACUCUUGCUGGCCAUGGAGUAAAAAUUUGCUAUGUUCUUCUGUAGAUGUGACUGCAGAUGCUGUAAAUAACUCUUUUGUGCAAACAGACCAAAACUGUUCAGAUGAGGACACUAGCUGCACUGGGCUCCUUUUGCAGUGUAAGAACACAAACCAUGGGUUGUGUUUGCUUCUUGUUUUGUUGCAAUUCUUCCUCUGGCUACAGCACUCCCUGAAUCCCCACCCUGAUGUAUUAGUUGCUUUGUUUGCUGGUUUUUGAGCUCCCCCUUGUGAAAACUCAUUAUGUGGCAUUAUUUUUAAGAGCUUGGACCUGACUGCAUGCACUAGCUCAUACAAUACUCUACUCCACAAAUUGUUUUAUUGAAACAUGUGGAAGAGGGAGCAUAAGAAAGUACCAUGGUUCACUGCAUUCAGCUCUGUGAUAGCUGCGGUGGUUACUGCUGAUGAAGCAGCAGAGUGCCAGAGGUAAAUGAAGGAAAUUAAAGAAGAGGGAAAGAAAAAAAAGUGACUGCUCAGGCAUUGAUUGGAAGGUGUGCUGAAGCCAACCUGAAGGCACCUCACUGGCUGAAGUAAGUGGCUGGGUAAUGCUGCACCACUGGGCUAUAGGCCAGGUUGGGUAUUGGCUUUCUGCACACUGCAACUCUACACUGAAUUGGGAUGCUGUCAGCCCAACAAACUGGCAGAAAACCAGUUUGAAGUCACACAGCCUGCACUAAGCACAAUAUCUGUGUUAAGGCUAUCUGGGCUAUUUAUAACUUGAUGAACUAAUUUUCAUAGUGGCCUUUCUUAUUUGAAUAUAAUGUUAUGGUCUGAAGGCCCAACUUUGGUGCAUCAAUCUCACAUUGAAAAGAUGGAUCUUCCGACUGUUACCUUAAAAGAAAGGCAAAUAAUGUAAAUCUAGAGAUAAUCUGUAACAAACAGAGUCUUUCUUCAGCAACUGAAGUAUCGCAGAGCUGAGCUGCAGUCAGGCAGGCACUUUGAAGGGUGGUUGGCGAAUGAGGAGUAAACCCUGUGAAUGAGAUGGGGGCCCCACAGUCUCUGCCAGUGCCCAGCACAGGUAAUACUGUGAGUUUUAAGUCAUUCUUCCCUCUCUUAUGUUAUGUGGAUAAAAUUCAGGAAUGUUCUGAGACACUUGUGGUUAGGUACUCGGCCUAUUUGCAUCAGUAGCUAGGAGGAAUAAUUAGACAAAACAAAGGAAAAAGCUUCCAUGACACAUUUAAUUCUAGCCCCAUCUGAGACAGAAGUUAACUCCAUUUGCAUGACACUGGUUUAAAAAAAAAAAAAGAAAAAAGAAAAAAAAAAAAGGAGGGUAUUGGGAACAAUAAGAUGUGGCUGUAAACUGAUACAAAAAGAUGUAAAUAGUAAACAUUUCAGCAGAGUAAUAUUUAUUUGCAUAGCCUAUUUAUUGUCAUUGUGUUACACCGUUAAGAAGUACUGGGAUGAAGUCAGUGGGCUGAGGAAGAACACCUGCUUGUUACGUUCUCUCUGAGUGCCAUAAUGCUGUCAGCUUGCAUUAAGAGUAAUAAAAUAGCAAAUCCCAAACCAAGGUGUUUACCUAACUUCUCAGGGACUACAGCUAGUAGUUAUCCACCGCUAUGGGACUCAGUAUGUAUGAAAUAAUCUGAUUUACCAGAAUCAACGUCGCCAAUGUUUUCCUUUUCAUCUUACAUGCUUGUCUGCCUCUGUACAUAUUAAUUGUAUUGUGUAUUUAUGAGAGCUAGUAAGCAAUAAUUUAUAUGUCAAAAUGGCCAAGCAAUACAAGGUUAAAACUUGUAAAAGCAACUGUUACGUUUAUCUUGCAUUUUCCAGUGUUUUUUAAUAUUGCUUUUCAAAAUAUAAAGACUAAUGAAGCUGG